CCCACCCAUGCCUUAAGGUCUUUCCUUGGUAACGGUGUACUUGGGGUUUUAGAGGCAGGCGUUGUUCUAUAAAAGCUGCACCCAGUGAAGGUAAAGAGACCAAAGCACACAAUCUCUAUCAGCAGGCAAGAAUCUUCCUCUCAAACACACACAUUCAGACACAGUUUAGCUCAGGACCGCCGCACACCACACACUCUCUUCCCGGGAUAUGAACACUUUCGUCCUCAUCUGUCUCCUCUGCAUUGUGAUCUGCAGUGCUGGAGGCGCUGAAGGAUCUAAGGACAGGUACUCGUCUGAUUUAGCUGAAGUGACGGGGGGUCCAGCCUCUGGGGAGGGCCUCCGGGGUGUGCUGACUGACGAUGACGAGCCGGAAGUAUAUGAAGAACUUUCAGGAGGAGACAGCGAAAGCGUCCUCUUGCACGAGGCGCACGCCGGCAAAGAUGAGAAGAGGAAAGGCAAAGGCAGGAGGAGGAACAGGCACAAGGGCAAAAGCACGACUCCAUUUAACCCCGAGCACACGGUGUUCACCAGCAGCCACACAUCCGCCUUCAGCACCACCGAGGACCCCUGCACCUCCACCCACCUGGGCUACUGCAUCCAUGGCUACUGCAAGCACAUGGAUGGCGUGCAAGAGCCAGUGUGCAUAUGCAUGAAGGGUUAUGACGGAGAGCGCUGUGGGAUCCAAACCCUGGAGACGAUCAAACCCGACGAGGGCUACAGCAGCGAGCUGGUCCAGAUGGUGUUGGUGGUUAUCGCCGUGAUCCUGUCCUCCAUCAGCUGCUGCGCCAUCCUGCUCAUGACCUGUGCUCAAUCUCAUAAAAACUUCAUGGCAUCCUUUCUUGGAAGUGGAUCUGAGCAGGAGAAGCUACAGAAAUCUCUUGGUAACAUUGUGCCACUUACACAAUCUAAGGGGAAGGCAGAGGAGUGUGACGACCCGAGAGCAGUAGAAGACUUCAUUAGACGCUAUGUGAAAACACCACACCUUUAUUUAGAUUGUAAUUUAUUAGUGUGAAUAUUUAUUGCUAACGACAGCUUAAAUGUUUGUAUGUUGGAUUGCUAUUACAAUGUCUGGUAUGUGUGAAUGCUGAGCAUUCAGACUUUUACUGUUCCCUAGAUUUGGUUUUAUUUAUUACGUUGCAUUUGUCAUAGGUCAGAGAAUCUUUCUUCAUCUCACUCUGGAGAAGUGAUGUUAUUUGAUUCGUCUUAAUAAAGUUUCUCAGUGUUACAUAA